GGCGCAGCUGGCGCGGUCGGUCUAGUGCAGCGCUCGGCUCCGCGCCUCCGGCGCUCGGCUUCACCUUCAGAGGCGCGGGGCGUGCGCAUCCUCCAGCCCCCGCCGCCGCCUCCCCGCUAAGGUGCCUGCUGCCCUCCGCCAUGCUCUCCAGGUAGGACAUGAACGUGGCUCUGGCAGGUGCGUGUCUGCAGCCCGGUGGCAGGGGGCCUCUCUGAACAUGGAGAGAUAAGACCUGGUCCUGCAGGCCUGACUGAGAGCCGCACCUGCCCGGCUGGGCGAGCCCGAGUUCUGGAGAUGGAUCGCGGCCGCGAGGCCGAGGUGGAGCUGCGGAGGGGCCCGGAGGUGGGGGGCGACAAGGCCGUGAGCCACAGCUGCUGCAUCUGCGGCAAGAGCUUUCCCUUCCAGAGCUCCUUGUCGCAGCACAUGCGCAAGCACACGGGCGAGAAGCCCUACAAGUGCCCCUACUGCGACCACAGGGCUUCCCAAAAGGGCAACCUGAAGAUCCACAUCCGCAGCCACCGCACGGGGACGCUGAUCCAGGGCCAUGAGCCCGAGGCCGGGGAGACGCGCGUGUCCGAGGGCCUGGACGGCUGCACCAGCCCCACCAAGAGCACUUCGGCCUGCAACAGGAUCCUGAAUGGCGCCACGUCACUGGACAGCAGCAAGGUCCUGCUGAGGAGCUGCCGCAAGGAGGCGGAGGGAUCCCCGUGCGCCUCGGCGGACGGCCGGGCCGUUGCGCAGUGCUCCUUCUGCAAAAGCAGGUUCCAGCGCAAGAAGGAGCUGCAGCGCCACGUGCACCGGGCGCACAAGCCCUUUAAGUGCCGGCUGUGCAGCUACGUGACGCUCCGGGAGGAGUCGCUGCUGAGCCACAUCGAGAAGGACCACAUCACGGCGCAGGUGCCGGGCGGCGAGGCCUGCGCGGAGAACGGCAAGCCCGACCUGCCGCUCGGGGAGUUCCCGUGCGAGGUGUGCGGCCAGGCCUUCAGCCAGACCUGGUUCCUGAAGGCGCACAUGAAGAAGCACCGGGGCUCCUUCGACCACGGCUGCCACAUCUGUGGCCGGAGAUUCAAAGAGCCGUGGUUCCUGAAAAACCACAUGAAGGCCCACGGCCCAAAGGCGGCAAGCAAGAACAGGCUCAGGAGCGAGCUGGACCCCGUGGCCACCAUCAACAACGUGGUGCAGGAGGAGGCCAUGGUGGCCGGCCUGGCCCUCUACGAGAUCUGCACCAAGUGCGGGAACUUGUUUACAAACCUGGACAGCUUGAACGCCCACAACGCCGUCCACUGCAGGGUGGAGGCGGGCCGGACGCGGGCUCCGGCCGGCGAGGGUGCGCUCGGCCCCGCGGACGCGCAGCAGCUCUUCCUCCAGUGCCUGAACCUGCGCCCCGUCGGGACCGAUGCACCCGCCCACGCACAGGCCGGGCAGCGCGUGGCUGAGCUGGACCCGGUCAACAGCUACCAAGCCUGGCAGCUGGCCACCAGGGGCAAGGUGGUCGAGCUGGCUGAGUACCUCAAGUACGGGGCGUGGGACGAGGCACUGGGCGGGGAUGUGGCCUUCGACAAGGAGCGGCGGGAGUACAUCCUGGUGAGUCAGGAGAAGCGCAAACGCGAGCUGGAGCCUGGUGCGCAGGGCCACCCACGGAAGAGGACAGGCGCACUUGGAGACCCCAUGGCCGGGCCCCCUGACCCCCGGCCCACCUCCGCACGCCCCAGCCGCCGUGCCGCCACCCCCGCAGGCCAUGGCAAGUCCUCCGAGUGUUUUGAGUGCGGCAAGAUCUUCCGCACCUAUCACCAGAUGGUGCUUCACUCCCGGGUGCACCGCCGCGCCCGCCGAGACCAGGAUGUCCCCGGGGACCGCCUGCCCCGUGUCCGCUCAGGCUCCCUCAGUGAGGGUGACUCAGCCUCGCAGCCCAGCAGCCCCAGCUCAGCCUGCGCCGCCACCGACUCCCCAGGCUCAGGCCUGGCUGAGGAGGCUGCGGAUGAGAGUGGAGAGGAGGGCGCAGCCGACAGUGCACCAGGGGCAAAGUCACGCGGCUGCUGCUUUUCCGAAGACAUGGCUUCUGUGCUCUCCAACGGGGGCCACGGCCUCCGCCACACCCUCUCGGCGGAGCACGACCCGGGCAGGCUCUGCACGGAAGUCACCGCCUCCGUGUGCGCCCGGGACGACCACGGCAGGGAGACGGCCAGGAGGCCGGAGCCCCCACGGUGUUCCGUGGACUCGAAGACGCCAGUGUGUCGCCCCAAACAGGAAGUCCUUGGCGCCGGGGACACUGCAGAUGUCCCUUCAGGUGCCGAUCCGACUCGUGCAGACCGGCUGGCCUGGCGGUGCUGGCCUGGGAGCCCGGCCGGCCGCCCGAAGGAGCAGCCAGGCGGUGUGCACGACAGGGAGCAUUCCGGGCGGGGCACGAGGCCGCCGGCCCCCGACCCAGCCCCACUGGACCUCAGCGAGCGCUCGACCCGGGAUGACCGCAGCCGCACGGGGCCGGCUGCCCCGCCGCAGGCCGCGCUGGCCGCCCAGCCCUGCCCCUACUGCAGCCACCAGUCGUACUACCCCGAGGUCCUGUGGAUGCACAAACGCAUCCGGCACCGCAUCAGCUGCAGCGCUGCGGCCCCCCAGUGGACGCGGCCCAAUGGGCACAGGAGUGUCAGGGACAGCCUGGUGUUCCUCGUCCGCAGCGGACGCACGGGCCCCCCGCCCGCCCUCGGGGGCAAAGACUGCCAGCCCCUGCCCAUCGCUCGGUUCACACGCACCCAGGUGCCGGGCGGUGCCCUGGGGCCCAAAGGCAGCUCCUUGUCCCUGGGUGGGACUGCAAAGGUCACCGGCACAUCAAAGAGCAGGGAGGGCCAGUCGGGGGGCCCCUGCGCGCUCUGGGCGGCUGGCUCUGAGGGCCCUCGGCAGACCAAACCCGGCCCCGGCCCGGAGCAGCACGGUGUCCUGGCCCCGACACCCCCACCAAGGCCCAAGCAGGAGGCCGGCCCCAGACCUGCGCCUGCGGCGGGUGGUGGCUUCAGCAGAAGUACCACCCCCACACCCACCAUCACCGCCCGGGUGGGUUCCCAGUCCCCAGCCAGCAGCAGGCUGGGGGACAAGUGUGUCACCCCCGUGGUGGGGGCAGGCCUGGGCACCCCCAACAAGCACAGUGCCCCGGACCCACAGAAAGCCAAACCAAGCCCUCAGCCGCAGGGUCCGCCGAACAGGAAAGGCGAUGGGGGCCCCCCUCUACCUCCCCUCGAAACCCCCUCCAAGGCCAGCCAGGGCCCCAGGGGGAACGCAGCCCUGCCGGCCCCGCCCCUCCUGCAGGCGGCCAAGCAGGAGCCAGCCUCCGAGGGCCCCGAGAAACACCUGGACAUCCUCAGCAUCUUCAAGACCUACAUUCCAAAGGACCUCGCGACCCUCUACCAGAGCUGGGGCGCCGAGGGCCCCAUGCUGGAGCACAGAGGGGCGCCCCGGACACAGGCCGGCCAAGGAGACUUCGUCUGCGUGGAGUGUGGGAAGUGCUUCCACCAGCCCAGCCACCUGCGGGCGCACACGCGGGCUCACUCAGUGGUGUUCGACUCUGACGGCCUCCGAGGUGCUGAACUGCUGGCUGCCUCCACGGACGCCCCCAAACAGGGGAGAGAGCCUUCCAGCCCAGAUGCCGCCCCGACAGUGCCUCCCCGAAAGGGAACCUAGAGACACGCUGCCAGUGGACCCCCGGGCCCUGGGACGGCCGUUAGCAGUGCCCCGAUGUCCCAGCAGCCUCCCAGCAGUGACCCCAGCUCAGCCUGGAGAAGAAGAGAGCGGAGCCCUUGCCACCGACACCUCCGCCCUGGACUGCUGUGCUGAUGUGGAAGCCGAGGCCGCUCUGGUGGGACGCGGGGCCUCGGCGCAGACACGCCCUGGGGGUCCCGUGCAGCCCCUCCGCCCGCGCGCACCUGCACUUCGCCCAGGCUUCCUUGCCGGUCGGGGCGUCAGCGGGCCCAGGGAGGGCGCGGGCUCCAGUGGGGCUGGAGACACUGGAAAUGGGCUUUUGGCGCGUGUCGGACCAACCAGAGGCCUGCGGGUGGGACUGUUGCGGGGGUGGGGGGCUUGAGCUUGAUGCCAUGGGACCACUGCGGCCCUCCCACCUCCGUGGGUAUUUAAGUUGUGCUUGAGCGGGACGGAGGUGGCCCACAGCUGGGCUUGGGGGGCGUGCAGACGAGGGGCCCGGGCUGAUCCUCGGCUCCGCCACGCACCCCGGAGGCUCUCCCAGGCCUGCGCUCAGUACCCAGGCGGAGCAGAGCUAGUUGAACACUAAGUGAAGCGGGACCCUUCGUUUCUUCUCAGGGCCUUUUGUAACAGGGCUGCGUUCUGCAGACUGCUCCCACGGGGAGGCUGCUGGUCCUCACGCGCGGUCUGGCCACCGUGCCCUGUCGGCCGGGCCCUCUGCAUCCCAAGGGACGACUCCCGGGUGGGCGCGGGGGGGCCUGACCGCCCGGGCCCUGGUGCUCCGGGACCUCCCGCCCUCUCCUCCUCCCUGCCCUCCCCACCCCGGUGAGUCUGUGGGUGUUCCUCGUGGGCCUGGCCCCCUCCACAGGAGGGGCACCUUCUUGCUGGAGGGGGAGGGCCCCAGGCCCCGGCGUGAGGGCUCCAUAUACCUCUUCCCGGGUCACCCAGACUCAAGUUUCUGUGGUGGGGUCACGGCCCGGAGCGAAGGAUCUUAAACCUUGCGGCACUGCAGUGAGAACUGUAUCCCACUGAUAGAAGCAUUUGCUUUUCCUGGGACCGCGACCCUCUGUGUGAUGGCAAUGUUUCCGAGCGUCUCAGAGUUUUGCACAUGGAAUUUUAUGCAUUAUCAGAAGUUACUGCUGCCUUGAAUGGGAAUGUUCUGUGAAAUUUUUUGCAAAAGCUUUACUAGGUUUUUUUUUAAUUGUGAAAUUUUGUAAAGGCAGGAAAUGGGUUAAAGCGGGCAUGCUAAAUAUAUUUUUCAAAAAAGCAAUAAUUUUACACGUACAGAAAUUACCCUUAACCUUCGAUGCUGGGGAGAGCGACAGUUUACUUCCUACCGCAGUGUGUCAGCGCAGUUUUUGUAGAAAAUGGGCUUCUGAUACGAAGACUUUAUUUAAACACACCCACCCACCCCUCUGAAGUGUGGUUUUCUUGUUCUAAUGGUUUGUUGAAUUAUUAUAUUAUUACUGUUGUUGUUAGCUAGUGUUUGGUUCUGGACGCUACUCGUCACUGAGCUGAAGUUACUUGACGGUUCAACUUUGCAACACUCAGAAACAGUGCGACCGGACUGGCUCGAGCAUCCACACACACGUGUGUGCAUGUGCACACUGACAUGCACACGCGUGUGUGGGUGUGCACACCCAGGUCUUCACGUGUUUUCCUGACACCCUCACGCCCGAUGUGUACCAGGUGGCCUGUCUCGCUGGCCUGAUCGGGAAUGUCCCCGCAGACGGGGCGGGGUGACGCGCAGCUGCCCUGCAGAGACACCUCGCGCGAAGUUGCAGACACUGCUCUGCUUGCCUCCGCGGUCACAGCGCCUCUCUGCUGACUUGCAUUCCAUCGUUUCGAUGCUUCCUCAAUGCCACAUACCUGCUUUCUCUGGCUGUCCGUCUCUUGGUGGCAGCUGAGGGAGGCCCAGGGGCUGGCGACACCAUUCUGUGUGUCUCUGUGUUUUGGUCAUUGAACUCUGCACUCAAAGUGACACGGGGUGUCGUGUCCGCCCUCACUGUCCCAGAGCAGCACGUAGGCACCCACAGGCUUUCGGAGACUCCUGCCCGGGAGCCUGGUGGAUGGAGGGGAGGCGCCUGGGCCCCUGGGCGGAGCAGCGUGCACCCUGAGCCGGUGUGAGUGGCGGGGAGCGGUGUGGAGUGCAGACACCGGGCUCUCGUGUCACUAAAGGGACAGGCGGGGCCUCCGGGUCACCGCCCUGCAAGACGUGCCAUCUCCGAGCCUGCCCGUGGUCCCCUUCUCCCCCGGACAUCAGUGUUGUGCUGGGCCACGAAUGCCUUUCUGUCCGUUCUGCCCUCGUAUUUAAUAUGGUUUGUGUCUUCUUAUUUAUUUAGCCGAUGUGUUCGAUUGCUCUUUUCCGAUGACUGCCGUGUGGUCUCCCGUCAGCCACCUUUUCCCUGUUCCAGACUCGCUACUACUACCUCUACCGAUCUGCUGUUUCCUUCCGCUUCCCAGGGGCUUCGCGGUGUUGGCGUCUCUCGUGCGACUCAGACAAUAAAGGGUUUGUUGUCCUCACGCAGCUUCUCCGUGUAUGUCUCGGCCCCGCUGGCCACGCCCCUGCUCCGCUCACGCCUCCUCUUACUGUUCGAGUCAGAUGACCCAGAACGCCACGCUCGCGGCAGGCUUUCGGGUCCCCCGCACCGCCUCCCGAUGUGAAGGAUGGAGUGACACUCUCCGCAGAGCCGGCUGUUGGCAUCUUCCCUGGGGAGCGGACCCUGCUCUGUGACCUCCCUGCUUCCCGGGAGGGCGUGGGGCAGGCUUCGGUGGACAGAUCGCAGCUUGCUGCAAACACAGGACGGAUUUUAAAGCCAAGCGGGCUUUGCCUUUUUGGUUUUGAAAAGUAUUAGAUGCUUUAAGGGGUGCCCCCAUAGUUACACUUGAGACCGGGAGGCACACUGGUCUCCUGAGAGACGGCACCUGGACCCUGAGCCGGGGCCUCACCCGUGGCCACCUGGUGCCAGAAAGGAGGCCGAUGCCGAUGUUGCGCAGCGUGGCCUCCCUGCCGCGGCGUCCCCAACACUCGAGCAGCUGCACGCAGGCAGACGCACGCCUGGACCCCUGACUCCGCCCUCCUUGGGGCUGCUGGGUGUGGCAGGAGGCGGGGCUUGUCUCUCGGGCCGCUGGCUCUGGAGUGCAGCUCAGGGGACAAGUGUCUUCUGCGUCACAGGAAGUGACAGCAGCCCUCCGUCUCUGCACAUCCCGCACCGUCAGAGCCGGUUCUCUUGACCGACAUUCCUUCUUGAAAACAGAUCUCCGCCCCCCGACCCCCAGAAGUGUCAGGGACCGGACGUACGCAGAGAGGGGCGCCCCGUCUCUGUACCACUUCAGCGUCCACUCCCAAGUGCCCACCGGUCGGGAAUGCACGGGUCUCGUGGCUGCGUUCGGCUCCGCUGACUUCUCCCCGCAGAGCCCGCGACCCACUGAGCGGAGGGUGGGGGAGGGGCGGCUCUGGGCAGGCCGCGCCCGUCUGCCGCGUGCGGGGACGUGGGGACACGGGGGGAUGUCCCGUCUUUGUCGGUUUUGCUAAUUCCACUUUGAGGCAGGAAAUGCAAAAACCAUAGAAUUUGUAUUUCUUUUUUAAAAUACAAUUUAUAACAUUAUAUUUUGUACUCUUUAUAUUAGAAUUUGUAACUAGAUUGAUGUAUUUAACUCUAUUUCUGAAAAAAAUAAUUCCAUGUUUCAGUUGUGUGAUAAAAUAUUUAGAUAAAACAUAAUCACUCUAUUGGAAUUUGAAAUCAAUAAAAACACCUUGGAGUUCUUGAGA